CUAAACGUGUGCGCAACAUCUCAUCAGUGCUGUGCGAUGCUGUCCACGGGGGCCUCGACGCUGCAGCUCACGCGCCAAUGCACAUGCGCGGCCGAGACCGAGUCUGACUCGGAUAACGAGAGCGAAGUCGACAAUCUUCUCGAGCCCGUACGCACGAUGUCGUCCCCCGCCACAUUUGCAGCGUCUCAAACUGAUGCAAAUGAUGAGAAAGAGGCCACUAAUCAAGUCAAUCCAGCACCGUUCGUGCCUCCAACAACAUGGGCCAAGUCACUGUCACUACUGGAGCUCACGAAGACCGCACACGACCCACUGAAGGCCUCACAGGCGCUGCACAACGCUGAAGCUCUGCGUCAAGCUCCUGCACUCGACAACGUCUUCUGCAGCUGCUACGACGUCGACACAGUGCUCACAGCGGUACAGAGAAGAGAAAGAGGCCACUUCUCACCCGUCCAGAAGCUUCUACUCGAGCCAGAGUCCAUUAAACAGGUUUUCGCCUUCGCCACAUCCUACAGCGACCAUUUAACUGAAAAUGCCGAGCCACAUCCGGAUAAAUAUCGACAGGCAUAUGUAGCCACGGAGAUUAUCCUCAGAUAUUACUUAAAAGCCAUGGCCUGGUACGGAGAACCCAAGCAAGAGCAAAAUGACGCUGAAAAUGAGGCGAAAGAGCAAAUUAAAGCGCCACAACAGCCCAAUAUCAAGAUGGAAGGCCUCGCAGUGUCCACUAAUGCGCCACCGACGAAUUUGCCGACCAUGAUGGACUUCAGAAGCAAUGCAUCGACUAGAAAAAUGGCCAGAAUUCAGCGACUGCGUGCGAGUAUGCGGUUUGAGAGUUCUGGGAGUAGCAUCUCGGACUUCAGUGUGGAUGGAGAUGAGGAUGAAGAGCUACUGGAAGACCCGGCGACACGUGGAUAUUUGUUACGACUCGAGGAUUUGACGGCCAACGAGUGGAGACGCAUUUUUGGAGGUUUGUUCCGGUUUUUAUGGCCAAGUACGAAGAAUAAUGGAGCGGAAAAUGUGGAGAACACCGUUGCAGAUGAGGAGGAAGUGGACGGCGUUUUGGUGGCGAAUAUGUGUCGAAUCACCAAGAAUUUCGUCACGUUCCCGGCAGUACACAGGUUGAUAUGUGACGAGAACGAAGAAGACGAGAAGGAGUGGCUCCUGUCGCGUCUUGCAGUGCAUGCUUACAACCCAGAUGUUGCGGCAUUACUGCAUGGGUUGAUUCACCUUUCUAUUCGUAGAGGGUUUGAGUAUUUCCCGAUCAUCCGCUGCCUCGUACAGCGAAUAGUGGAGCAAGUCCCGACUCGACUAGCGAGAUCCCUCUCUUCUGUCUCUUCUACGUCGACAGUGUCGUCCACCUCAUCAACAUCUCCUCGAUCAUCUUUCGGAGGGUCCCAAACUCUGUCACCGUCUUCGUUCUUCUCGUCCAAGACGACUCCGUUGUCUCCUUCCUUGUUUACUACUAACUCGACGUCUACGGUUCAUGCCAGGAUAAGUGGCUGCACUGAAAUUUUGACCAAAAUUCUGAAGGACGAAUUCCCGAAUACUUUCCGGUACUACAUCCAAGCAAAGAUUCAACUGUCGUCUUUUGAGAGCGUGGAGGCGUUUGAAAAGGAGCUUUUUCCUCCGAGAAUGGCCAUCCACGACCCAGCGAUGCACCACAAACUCAAGUGUGCUGUACUGGCAGCGUUGACGGAGAACAGCACCAUUCUAGCUCGACUGGCAGAGCUUGGAAUGGCAGAGCUGCGUUUUCUAGACGCACACCACAUGAACGGCACCUGCAUCCCUCGAAUCCUCGUGGUCGAUAUCUUGCGUCAUGCUAUUGAGUUUUCUCGCUACGAUUCGGACCAGUUGGAGGCGUUUGUAGCUCCAAUCCACCUCGUUUUGGACACCAUCUGCGCAUCAAUCAAUUACCAUCAACACUUGUCCACGAUAUCGGAGUUCGCUGCACGUGAUUGCUUCAGUGACAGCGACUCGGAUGACGACAGUAGUGGGACUGGGGAGUUCGAUUCACUGGCUGGGAAAGAGAGUCCCAAUAAACCAGCAAAAAGUGGGUCUUCACCUGCACGAAGCACUUUGUAUGUGGGGAUAACUCCUCCUGCUCUCAGCUAUUCGCCCAGAUCGGGGAAGGCAGUGGUGAACCAUCGACCGUUAGCGUCAACUCUGCUUGUCACGCAUGUUGUGGAGCUGCUGGACGUCGUCAUUCUCAUGUCGAACGACCGUAUCGAUAGCCGGUUAACUAGGUUGGAUCUGGCGACAUCGCUUAUGGAUAUUUUCGAGAAAUUUCCCACAGCCAGCAUCCUGCAUUGUCGACUAGUGAAACUCUACUUGAACCUACUGAACCGGCCAUCAACAAACGGACGUGUGAACAAUCCGCUACUUAGAAGUGUCUUCCGCUCGCCUGACUCAAUUUUGGAGUUCAUUUUACGCAAACUGGACUCGAACAGUUCGACGCACAUUUACGAUGCUCAUUUGGCGAUCAUUGGCGUAAAAAUCGCAAAGAUCUGCAGCUCCCCGACGCUCCAACAGGAACUUAUUCGCCAAUUCUGCAACAAUGUGAAAGGUUGGAAUGAUUUCGCUGCGUCUCUCAUUGCCACGCAUUAUCAACAAAUGGAUGCGCUAGAUGAUUCGCUUCUAGGUCUGCAAGUUGUCACUGGUGGAGCACGAAAUGGAACCCUGAGGAAGAGGAAUACGAGCGAAGACGACGCAGACACGGGCUUUGUGCUUGCUCGGCCGUCGUCUUCAGCCAGCGAAUACCUAUCACGAGAACUAGAGCCGUUUAGACGGCUUCCGAUGGAGAAAGAAGGCUUUGGAUCAUCCCACAACCUGGCCAAAGGAAGCGAGGCGGUACAUCCAAGCGAUAUGUUCCAGAGCCGAUCACAGAGUAAAUUCCCAGAGUCCAUUAUCGACAUCUUGCAGUCCGACGAGUCCACACCAUUCGACGUUGAGGAAGACGAGUUCUUCGUAAGUGGCUACGCCUACCAAAAGCGAUCCAAGUGGGCUAAAGUGCACUUGAAAUUCGAGAAAUCUACUUGCCAAUUGACGUUGGAAGAUGCAACAACCGCGACGUCUGGAGCACCCAGCAACGGCACAGCUAAAGCUACCUCUCCGUCUAAAGCUUCGAUGCUGAAGCAAUUCUUAAUGGCACAUACACAAACCUGGACGUCACGACCCAAGAAACUGGUCGUAUGCAACGCUAGAAAGUGGAUCGCAUUUGGUCGUAGCGUGAAAAAGCGAGAUCGAGGAGCCUUUGGCUUCCAAGUGGAGGUUUUUGACGGUCAUCGGGAGGAGGACGAAACUUUAACCUUCGUUACACGUUCCGAUACGACGAGAAUGAGGUGGUUUGAAGCCAUGCAGAGUGCAGUUAACAGGACACGGUUGUCGCGCAAUAGUUUCAGUGAUAUUGACGAAGCGGCCAACACGACGUUGGUGGAGUGCGUGGCCAAGAACCGCGGUGGACCGUAUCUGGUUAUUCCGGACAUUAACCUAUUAGGUCCCGUGACAUCUGCGAGUUUCUUUUUGAAGUCUGAAGUGCCUGAAGAGAUGCCAUUCUGGGGGACAUACCAUGGAGACCAGGGUAUCAUCAAGUACGCCUCCUUAUUUAAACAGUGUCUGGAUGUGGUCUCCGUCGAAGAGAAGAGUAUUCAAGCUAUUGGGUACUCGGUGAUUGUAGAGUUUGACGCAACUUUCCGAAGAUCGGAAAAUAUCGACUUUGACGACUCGGAGCCCGCAGUCAAGUGUGCUUGCACGGAUACGUAUCUGAUCAGUGGAAAUCAGAUUAUUGGCUUGACUCGGACGAUCGCUGACUCUGAGAAGUUGUUGCAACUCCUCUGUGAUGAUGAAUAGAGAGAUACUGUUAUUGAAAUA